ACAGUUCAAGAUCCCGUACCUUAAGGACAAUUGAGAGCAACUUUCAUUUAUCAAUGUAGUGUAGUAUGGAGUAUAGAUACCAGAAACGGUUUUAUUGUGCCAGCAAGCACCUCCCUUCAUUUCUAUUCAGCCUCGCCAACCUAUCUAGCUCCGUUACAAACCCCACAGCCACAUCCAGCCACCAAGGCUGACGGAAUAUUCUGUGGUUGUGAGGUGAGGGGUGCAAUCUUACGACAAAUUCGCAGAUACUGUUUGUCCUUUUGUCUCACAUCCUUCGUAUCGACAACCACUUCCAUGGCUCAAGUUCUUCGCAGACAUGUCUUUCCCACCGUUCGCAGGCCUUUCUCCUCCUCUAACCCUCGAUUCUUCUCUGCCGUAACCCCUCGACAAGCUGCUCCCGCCAAUCCUGCACAACACCCGGAUCGUAGAAUGCGCAUGCAAGCUAUAUCAGGAACACGAAUGGCAAAUGACGUCGGCCUUCUACCUAGUACGUUCGUACCAAUUGCUCUUUUCCACGCUCCAAUGCCCCGCUCUAACCAAGUUUAAGACACAUUCAUAGCAGGCAGACGUUUCCCUCUCUUCAAAAGCCCCAAAAAACUAUUGAAAUACCAAUGGAUAAGAUUGAAGACCAGAGUACGGGAUAUUCUCGCUACCGUCACAUUUAAAUGGAUGUCCCCGAAAACCGGCCGCAUACGAAGACAAGUGCAACUGAAGCGUGGUUCGAUAGCAUCUGCAGCCGAAGCUCUGUACAGAGAAAUGUACCAAAAUUUUGCUGCUGGUCACACUGGACGCUUGCGUAGAAUGUGCGCCGAUGGACUCUAUGAAAGUUUCGCGCAACGCAUAGCUUCACGGCCCCGGGGGCAAAAGGUUACAUGGAACCUUGAGAAAAUGAACCGCAGACCUAAGAUAAUGUCGACCAAAGCCGUUAUGAUACCUGGAGGAUCGGGCAAUGUGAUACGACAAGCGGUGGUCAGGAUCUCGAGUCGACAAUUGAUAACUUUGAAGGAUAGUAAAGGGAGAGAAUUACCUGGAAGUAGCGAGAAAGACAUUGUGGAGUAUGUGGUUGUGCAGAAGAUUUAUCGAAAUUGGCAGGAUACAGAAUGGCAGGUGUGGGGUACGACAACAGCUACCACGUUGAAGAAUAUAGAGGAUUGGGAGAAGAUGGUUUAGAGGUGAGGGGUGGUGAUUCAGGGGCUGUACAUUGUGUAUUUAUCUUAGUGUAAGAUAUUGGGUGGGCUAGGUAUUUGUAUUGUACAUGAAACUCUAAAUAUCCAACACCGCUCGAGAUGAGUCAGUCUACCAUUCCAUGAGCAG